CAUCCGAUAUCGAUAACCAAACCGGCGUGACGCGCCGCACGUGCUUACGUUUUGUUUGUCUUUUACUGAGCUCCUAAAGAAAUGGGCAAGAAGAACGACAAGUCCGGGAAGCUGGACAAGCGGGCGACGAAGAAGGAGGCACCCAGCUCGUCGCAGGCCAACAUGGGGAAACCAGCUCGAGCCAACGAUUCGGAGAACGGAAUCUGGCAGGACUCUCGGUUUCAGCACCUGCUGACCGAUCCCCGAUUUCGCGGCGUUCCGAAGGUGCAAAGAAAGGUCAUAAUCGACAAGCGUUUCCAGGGCAUGUUCACGGACGACAAGUUCAAGGUGAAGUACACCGUGGACAAGUACGGCCGCCCGGUCAACAAGAGCAACGCCGAGGACCUCAGAAAGUUCUACGAACUGGACGAGAACGAGAGCAGCAGCGACGAGGAGCCUGCCAAAAAGGAAUCUGAUCUUGACUUCGAGGCGGAGGCGGAGCAACAGGAGCGGCGCGCCGAGGAGCGAGCCAUAGCCAACUUGGAAAAGGAGGAGGGCAACGAUGCGCUGGAAAGCGAUAGUUCCGAGGUGUCACAGAGUCUUCGUCAGCGACUGACCAACCCAGAGAUAGACUACGCCCGCGGAGAAGGCCGCCUGUAUACCGAUUCCUCCUCCGACGAGGACAGCGAUGAUGAAGACGAGGGUCCAGAACUGCAGAUAGACCACGUGUGGGGCGAGCUGGACAACGAUGCCGAGCACACCGAGGAGAGCACACGCCGCCUGGCUGUUUGCAACAUGGACUGGGACCGCAUCCGGGCCGAGGAUCUAAUGGUCAUGCUCAGCUCCUUCCUGCCGCCCGGCGGUAGCAUUCUUAGCGUCAAGAUAUACCCCUCGGAGUUCGGGAAGGCACGCAUGGCCGAGGAGGAAGUGCACGGCCCAAAGGAACUGGUGGAGCGCGUGGAGCCAGAAGACGACUCCGAUGAGGAGCUCGUACGACAGCAGGACAGCGAUGCCGAAGAGGGAGAGGACUACCACAUGGAGAAGCUGCGUCAAUACCAGCUAAACAGACUGCGCUACUACUACGCUGUUGUCGAGUGCGACAGCGUAGACACGGCCGACAAGAUAUAUAAGGAGUGCGAUGGUAUCGAGUACGAGAGCUCCGCCACGCGCGUGGACUUGCGCUUCAUCCCGGACGACACCUCGUUCGAGGAGGACACGCCGUCGGACGAAUGCUUCGAGCUGCCGGAUGCCAGCAGCUAUAAGCCGCGCCAGUUCACCACCACGGCGUUGCAGCAGGCCAAGGUGGAUCUAACCUGGGACGAGACGGCGCUGGACCGUCGUGAGCUGGGCGACAAGCUCUCCAGCGGGCAGGUUGACAAGCUCACGGACAAGGAGCUGCGCCAGAUAGUAGCGUACAGUAGUGAGGAAGAGGAUUCUGAGGCGGAGGAAUCCCCGGCGGAGGAGGCAGCUCAAAAGGCGCUUUCAGAGGACCCACAGAAGAGCAAGCCCAAAAAGACUUCUAAGCAGGAACGCAUUGCCACCUACAAAAACUUGCUGGCCGACAUCCUGGAGCAGGAAAAGCAGGAGAAGGAGCAAAAGUACGAAAUGGAAAUGACCUGGAACGUGGAGCCCCAGCACGAAGAGGCACGGUCGGAGCAGCAAGCCCAGGCCGAGCUCACGCCCAUCGAGAAGGUGAUCCAAAAACGCAGCGAGAAGAACAGGCAGCGCAAGGAACAGCGCCGCCAGCGGCAGAUCGAAGCCAGGGGAGGCGAUGCCGGUGAGGACAGCGAUGAGUCCAUGGUGCCCGAUGGCAUCGAUUUGAAUGACGCCUACUUCGCCGAGGAGUUCGCCAAUGGAGAUUACGCUCCCCCCAAGACGAAGCAGGACAAGAAGAAAAAGAAAAAGAAGGGAAAGGAUGAUGGAGAGGAGGACGUCGAAGCGAAGCAGCAAGAGAAGGAGCUUGAGCUACUGCUGGACGAUGGCGACGGGCGCGACGAGAAACAGCACUUCAGCCUGACAAAAAUCCUCAAGAAGGAGGAGCAAGAAGCGAACGGUUCAAAGCGAAAGCGUCGUCAGAAGUUGAAGAAAUCGAAAAAUCAGCCGCAGAAUGCGGAGAAGCUGGACGACGACUUCCAGGUGAACCUGAAUGAUAACCGCUUCAAGGCCGUCUACAAGUCGCACGAGUACAACAUCGAUCCCACCCACUCCCAUUACAAGCCCACCAAGGGCAUGCAGCAGAUCAUUGGCGAGAAGUUAAAGCGCAGAAAGGAGCAGGCGGAGGGCGGCGCUGCCAACGGCGAUGCGGAUGGGGAUGAACAGGUAGCCCCCAAGCGGAGUAAGCAGCAGCUGGAGCAGAACGCCCUGGUCAAGAGUCUGAAGCGUAAGAUCCAGAUGCAGCAGCAGGGCCAGAAGCUUUAGAGGAUUACUGUUACUGUACAAUAGUUGAACUAGUGUAAAUUAAAGACUACGUUAAUGACAUUGAG